AUGCCGCAAGCAAGCUCUCUUCCCGCCUGGAGCGAGCUCCAGAGCCACCGCGACAGCGUUGGCAAGUCCUUCGUCCUCAAGGAGGCCUUUGCUUCCGAUCCUAAGCGUUUCGAGAAGUUCACUCGGACCUUCACCCUGCCCGACACCGUUUCUUCGUGUCCCGGCAGCACCGAUAUCCUCUUCGACUUCUCCAAGAACUUCCUAACCGAUGAGACGCUCGACCUCCUAGUCAAGCUUGCUGAGCAGGCCGGCCUCGAGAAGAAGCGCGAGGCUAUGUUCAAGGGAGAGAAGAUCAACUUCACCGAAGACCGAGCUGUGUACCACACUGCCCUUCGUAAUGUCGGCCUCAGUGGCGCUCCGUGGGAGAUGCAGGUCGACGGCGUCGAUGUCAUGGGCACCAGCGGUGGUGUCAACGAGGUGCUGGCGCACAUGAAGGAGUUCAGCGAGCAGGUCCGCAGUGGAGAAUGGAAAGGUUUCACUGGCAAGAAGCUCACUACCAUUAUCAAUGUUGGUAUUGGUGGCUCCGAUCUCGGCCCCGUUAUGGUCACCGAAGCCCUGAAGCACUACGGUGCCAGGGACACAACUCUUCACUUCGUCUCCAACAUCGAUGGCACUCAUAUGGCUGAGGCUCUAGCCGCCUCUGACCCAGAGACUACACUCUUCCUCAUUGCCUCCAAGACUUUCACCACUGCUGAGACCACAACAAAUGCCAACACCGCCAAGAGCUGGUUCCUCGAGAAGACUGAUGGCAAGGGUGAUAUCGCCAAGCACUUCGUUGCUCUAUCUACCAACGAGUCUGAGGUCACAAAGUUCGGCAUUGACGCUAAGAACAUGUUCGGCUUUGAGAGCUGGGUUGGCGGCCGCUACUCCGUCUGGAGUGCCAUUGGCCUCUCCGUGGCUCUCUACAUCGGCUAUGAGAAUUUUGAGAAGUUCUUGGCUGGCGCCCAUGAGAUGGACAAGCACUUUCGAACCGCUCCUCUCAAGGAGAACAUCCCGGCAAUUGCAGGUCUUUUGAGCGUCUGGUACUCAGACUUCUAUAAUGCACAGACUCACCUUGUUGCUCCUUUCGAUCAGUACCUCCACAGGUUCCCUGCUUACCUCCAGCAGCUUUCCAUGGAGUCCAACGGAAAGACCAUCACUUCUGAUGGUUCACCAGCCAAGUACACGACCGGUGCCAUCCUCUUCGGCGAACCCUGCACAAACGCCCAGCACUCUUUCUUCCAGCUCGUUCAUCAAGGCACAAAGCUGAUUCCCACUGAUUUCAUCCUGGCUGCGAAGAGCCACAACCCCAUCUCGGGUGGCCUGCACCAGAAGAUGCUGGCUUCAAACUACCUGGCGCAAGCUGAGGCUCUGAUGGUUGGCAAGACUGCUGACCAGGUGAAGUCUGAGGGAACCGCCGAGAACCUGGUGCCUCACAAGGUCUUCUUGGGUAACAGACCUACCACCAGCAUUCUCGUUGGCGGACACAUCGGCCCUGCUGAACUAGGAGCCUUGAUCGUCUACUAUGAGCACCUCACAUUCACCGAGGGAGCUGUCUGGGACAUCAACUCAUUCGACCAGUGGGGUGUCGAGCUUGGCAAGGUUCUUGCCAAGAAGAUUCUGAAGGAGCUUGACGAGCCUGGCGAGGGCGCUGGUCACGACGCCUCCACUGGCGGUCUUAUUGCCGCUUUCAAGAAGUACACUAAUCUGUAG